UAAUCCAAGCAAGCUGCUCAAGCCUGAUGUAGCCAGUCGCAGUGGUCGCGAGACACAACACGGCGGUUGUCGUCUGUGCACUCACGCCCUCCGCAGUUGUCGCAGAGCGCCGACUGCCCGUCACCUGUGUAUUUUAUUACUCGAGUGCUUCUGCCAGUUGUGCUAUUCCCUUUGGGCCCUUCCAUCCCGUGUCGGUGACUUCAGCGCGCCGUGCGAACUGAGCAGCUGCGCCACCGCGCUCACGGCUGCGAAGCUGUGUAUACGUGCUGUGCCAAAUGACUGUGCUCUUCAACUCUUACCUGCAGUGCUUACCUCCUUGACGCUCGUUUCGGCGUAAACGUACCCGCAUCAUGGCGUGUUGUUCGGUGUCGUGGCUCCUUUAUAUGGGCGUACCGUGGCUCAUGGCCUUAGUUGCGUGGCUUAAGCUAGCCGACGCCGACCUGACGCUUCUGUUCAAGUCGAAGUUCGGGCGUUCGAUAGCAACCCUGAGAGGAAAAGUAAUAUGGAUCACAGGAGCAUCAAGUGGCAUUGGCGAGUACCUUGCAUAUGAGCUGGCCAAAGUGGGAUCUCGUGUAGUCCUCUCUGGCACGAACCUGGAGAACCUAGAGCUUGUAAAAAACAAAUGCCUUGAGUUUGGUAAAGACAAAGGUACAGAAGUCCUUGUUCUCCCAUUCAGCAUUUGCAACUUCUCGUCACACAGCGAGCAGCUUCAGAAGGUCCUGGACCAUUUUGGCAAGUUGGAUAUCCUAGUUAACAAUGCUGGCCGUAGCCAGCGCGCCAACUUCGAGGAGAUUCCUGUCGAGAUCGACAAAGAGAUGUUUGACUGCAACGUCUUCGGUGCCAUAUCUCUUACACGGUGCGUUGUAAAGUAUUUUAAGGAAAAGGGAGUGCAAGGUCAUGUUGUGGUCAACAGCAGCACGGCUGGAAAGCUUGGUGCACCUUUCUCAGCCACCUACACUGGUUCCAAGCAUGCACUCCAGGGCUAUUAUGAGAGCUUGCGCCUGGAAGGUGUGAUCCUGGGAGGUUUAGAUGUCACCGUCGCCUGCCCGGGACCUGUAUUCUCGCGUGUCCGGGAGCGUGCAUAUACUGCCACCCCUGGCAAGCUGUACAACAUGAAGGACACACCAAAGUCUCGACUCAUGCCCACUGAACGCUGCGCUCAGCUCACUGCGGUUGCCAUAGCCAAUAAGAUGGACGAGGUAUGGAUUUGCCAGAAUCCCGUCCUGCUCAUCAUGUAUUUGGGACAGUAUAUGCCAUCCAUAUUCAGAAACUAUGUCAUGAAGUUGCUCUUCACAAAGGAAAGGGUGAUGAAGAUGAGGGAGGGACAGUAGAGCUGCUGAAACAUUCCAGUGGCUGGUUGUUGUACAAUAGUUGUGCAUAUGAUGGUAAAGUGACCUUGUUUUUGAGUA